UCUCUCUCUCUCUCUCUUUCACACACACUCACAUGCCGUAGGCUACAGCUCGGAGCCGCAUCUCUCAGUGUUUGCACGCGCACGGAAGGAGCGCAAGGCAGCAGUACACCGCGCGCGCGCUCCACGGGAACGCCGCUUCUCCUCGCCAGUUUCCGAUCUUCUCACGGGGUUUACGCACAUUUCUCUUUUCUUCAGGAAAACUCAGAAACAAAAACCCCAGACAGAUAAACACCUGGCGUCAUCUGGAUUUGGAUAGUAGCUUUACUCACUUUCUCCAACAGCUCGUGGGGAAAUCAAGCGAGUCGAACUUAACGCAGCUCGUUUCCCACACUGUCCUGCUGUCACUGGCAUGUUUUUUGGUCAGACCUCAGCGAGAAAAAGUUCUCUAGAAAGCUGUAAUGUUUCAUUUGUUUGUUGUUUCUUUUGCCUGUACUGCUGCACGGGCAUGUUGUUAAAGCGCGCGCUCUGAUCUGAUCUGAGUUUUUCUCUGCGUGUUGAAGAGCAGCGCGUGGAACAGCAGAGAGGAACAGCUCAGAGCAGAGUACAGAAGCGAUCAACACCGUGCACCAAAGCUCUUCUCGGUGGAUAAACCCGUUUCUCCACGCCGUUAAUAAAAAGAGGGCCAGGAUUCAAGAAACAAGAGUCCACUUUCACGCUUUUUUCCCCCUCCCAGGGUGGCACACUUCACCCGGAAAGAUGGAUUUAGCCACCAGACUCUAUGGAUGCUUACUCGUGCUUUAUUUCUCAUCUCUGGUUCGCGCAGAUGAGGAGCCUUGUGGUGGGCACCGGGAUGCAAGCGAUGCAGGCUAUAUCACCACGCCUGGUUACCCCCAGGAGUACCCACCUCACCAGGACUGCCGCUGGAUCAUCACAGCUCCAGAGCCUUCGCAGCGCAUCGUCCUCAACUUUAACCCUCACUUCGAACUGGAAAGACUGGACUGCAGAUACGACUUUGUCGAGAUCCGUGAUGGAAAUUCAGAAUCUGCAGAUCUGCUGGGGAAACAUUGUAGUAACAUCGCCCCGCCGGCCAUCAUCUCAUCAGGACCAGUUCUCCACAUCCGAUUCGUGUCUGACUAUGCUCACCAGGGAGCCGGGUUUUCGCUCCGCUAUGAGAUCCACAAGACAGGUUCUGACUGCUCCAGGAACUUCACCAGUCCAUCAGGCAUGAUCGAGUCACCUGGUUUCCCUGACAAGUACCCUCACAACUUGGAGUGCACCUUCAUCAUCAUUGUCCCUCCCUACAUGGAGGUAACACUCACCUUCCUGACCUUUGACCUGGAAAAUGACCCGCUGCAAGGCUCAGAGGGCGAGUGCAAGUAUGACUGGCUGGAAGUGUGGGACGGCCUGCCGCAGGUUGGACCUCUCAUCGGACGCCACUGUGGGAAUAAAAUUCCCCCAGAAAUCCAGUCGUCUACCGGGAUUAUCUCGCUCACCUUCCACACUGACAUGGCCGUGGCAAAAGACGGCUUCUCUGCUAGCUAUAACAUGACAUUAAAGGAGGUUAAUGACAAUUUUCACUGUAGCAAUCCGUUCGGGAUGGAGUCAAACCGGAUUACAGAUGACCAGAUCACAGCAUCUUCAUCAUUCAGCGAUGGGCUGUGGUCUCCUCGACAGGCUCGUCUUAACUACGACAACAACGCCUGGACACCCGGCGAAGACAGCAACAAAGAGUACAUCCAGGUGGACCUGCACUUUUUAAAGGUUCUGGCUGGCAUUGCCACCCAGGGAGCCAUCUCUAAAGAGACGCACAAGUCUUAUUAUGUCACCAGCUUCAAACUGGAAGUCAGUACCAAUGGUGAGGACUGGAUGGUUUACCGCCACGGCAAGAACCCCAAGAUUUUCCAUGCCAACACGGACCCCUCUGAAGUGGUCCUGAACCGGAUCCCUCAGCCCGUCCUGGCUCGAUUUGUCCGAAUCAGACCGCAGACUUGGAAAAACGGCAUUGCUUUGCGCUUUGAGCUCUAUGGUUGUCAAAUCACAGAUGCCCCAUGUUCAGAGAUGCAGGGAAUGCUCUCUGGGCUGCUCCCGGACUCACAGAUCUCUGCGUCCUCCAUGCGGGACAUCCAUGGCUCCAUGGGUGUGGCUCGGUUAGUGGCAAGCCGUUCUGGAUGGUACCCAAACCCCACACAGCCUGUAGCCGGGGAGGAGUGGCUCCAAGUGGAUCUAGGAGUCCCGAAAACAGUGCGGGGUAUCAUCACACAGGGGGCACGCGGUGUUGACGGCAGCACCAGUGCCGAGAACAGAGCCUUUGUGAGAAAGUACCGGCUGGCGCACAGCAUGAACGGAAAAGACUGGAGCUACUUCCUUGAUCCUAGAACCGGCCACCACAAGAUUUUUGAGGGAAACACACACUUCGACACCCCAGAGAUCCGCCGAUUUGAUGAGAUUGUGACACAGUUCAUCAGGGUGUAUCCGGAAAGAUGGUCACCCCCUGGCAUCGGGAUGAGGCUGGAGAUCCUGGGAUGUGAACUGCCAGAAUCCACCACUACUGUUGACACAGCCACCCCAACCCUCGCCCUUCAAGAAGAAACCACCACAGUUCAGAAGACAGCUCCCACCACUGUGUCGUCUCUGGGUGGGUUGUGUGAUUUUGAGCAAAAUAUGUGUGGCUGGACCCAUGACCCCACAGGUGGUGUGAACUGGGCUUUGCAUAGCCCCUCCAGUCCUGGUCUGGAACUGCCCCUGGGAGUUGACGAUUAUGGCGGCUUUCUAUACCUGGAGGCGAGUCCUGAGACUGAGCAUAAGCGUGCAAAGCUCUUGAGCCCUGUGGUGGGACCCGAGCAAGGACCACUCUGUCUGCUUUUCCGUUACCAAUUCUCAGGAGAAGCCCAGGGACGGCUGCAGGUUCUGAUUCGCAACGACAAUCAGGAUGAAACCCUUCUCUGGACUCUGAAAGCAGAUGAGGACCAAAAAUGGCAAGAAGGACGAACUAUCCUGCCUCAGUCCCCAAAGGAGUACCAGGUUGUCAUCGAGGGCUUGUUUGAGCACAGAAACCAAGGCCACAUUUGGAUCGACAAUAUCCAUAUGAGUUCUAGCACAGAGCUGGAACAGUGCACUGAACCCUUCCCUGCCUUUCCACCAGAGAUGACUGGGGGAGCCCUUCCAGGCAUGAGUGAUCCCACUGUAGACACUACAGUGUCCCUGCAGCCCAUGCCCACCUACUGGUAUUACGUUAUAGCUGGAGGGGGCGCACUGGUGUUGCUGACCUCCAUCACACUCCUCAUGGCGCUGUGCUGCCAUCGCUACCACCUGGCUGCCAAGAAGAGCCAGCACUCUGUUACCUACCACAGCACCCAUUACCCAGGUGGCACCGCUACGGCACCCGCAGUGGAGCCCAUGCUGACCAUUAGACAGGAGAAACACGAGCCGUGCUCCCAGUGCUAAAUUGAGAAGGAAUGAUGGAGACUGAGACAAUGAAGAGGGUUUUAGACUCUCACUCACUAUUAUUCUGCUGCUUCAUAACUACCAACAGGCACAGACGCCCAGCGAUGCACCCGCAGUGCCCUUCAGGAAGGAGUUUGCACCAAGGAUGACCUACACACCAAUUAAUAUGGAGAUAUUUGAAAGUUGCCAAGAAGACUUUUAAAAGCUCUUAGACGCUUAAAAUUAGUAGAAAGGAAGGUGACACGCAAUCGUGGCCCUUUCGAAACUUUGGACCUGUGUGAAGCUCUGAUUGGAGUUUUGCAGUGUUUGCAUUUCCAGCUCGGAGUUUGUUGAGAAGACACGUGUGUCUAGCCAGAGUCCUGAUUGGCAGAAAGCCACCUCUGUGUGUGUGUGUGUGUGUGUGUGUGUGUGUGUGUGUGUGUGUGUGUGUGUGUGUGUGUGUGUGUGUAUGUGUGUGUGUGUGUGCAUGCACUUCUCUUGCUCUCUGGGUCUCCCUGGAGAGAGUGGCUGGAUGAGAACCUGACUUGGCAGGGUUCAGGUCUCCUGCUUGUGACCAAUCCUGUUGCCAAAGGAAAAAGGGCUGUGCAGUGCUGCCAGAACUACUGAGAGAAGAGAAACUGAAAAGUGAUAUAAGAAAAAUGCACGAAAGAAAGCAGUAUAAUGCUGUGUCACAUUAAAGCGUUCGCAUGUGGACUGAAUAAUGCACGCACAUACACUCAUACACACCCUUUGACAAUGAAGAGAGAGUAAAUGGGGGGGAAUUAAAGCUAGUUAAAUAUGCCUUGUAAGCAGCAGUGUAACAGAUUCACAGUUUUUUCUUUAGAAGGAAUAUGUCUUGUGUGCCUUGUUGGUCCAUGUGUGUGUGUGAGUGUGUUUGUGUAGUUGGGUGGGUGGAUGUAUGAGUGCUAGGUGGGUGCAUGGGUGCAGUUGCUAUCUCAGACUCACUCCACCUACCGUUUUACCUUCAUCCUCCUUUCCCCGGUGAGGCUGUCUCCCAACUGAAGGGCAUAUUCAGAAGGAAAAUCUACAUAUAUCUGUCUUUUGAUGUGUACAUUUUAUUUCUUGACUGUCUUAUGAAGCUCUGUAACUUGCUUUGGUACACCUGUCUCUAAAGAUGUUUGAUUUUUCUAUAUGCAAAAUUGAUGUGACCCUGCCUUAGCCAGUCUUACACCUCUGAGCAACCCACAAUCUUUAAGUCUCAUCAUUGGCCUUAAAUAUCCAAGUGGCACAGGGCUGUUCAAUGCCAGUCACUAAAGAGCCUCACUUUUUUGCAGAAAAUACUUAAUGUAGUUUACUAAAUGUACUUUAUAUGCUAGUUAUUUUCUGUAAUAUUUUUAUAUCACACUUGAUAUGUCAUGGUUGCUGACUGAAAGGCUAAAUGGAAAUUCAUAUGCACAUGACUGAUGCACUGACUAACGAUCAGCAUCCUCUGGUAGCCAGUCACGUCUGUUGACUUCUGUUGCUGUUUUGACUGCUUUCGGCUGUUUUUAUAGUCUUGUAUGGAAGCGGAGAGUGAAACUCAAGCUGUGAAUGUGUGGCUUUGCUUGGCUGCUUCGCUUCAUGUUUGACAGUGGUGGGGCUUUGCCAUGUUUGAUAGCACUGCAGAGAGUGAGAGAACUCACAGACUCUAUAUGUCUCAACACACUGUGUCAAAUCUGAUGGCUUUCCUUACGGAUGCUUCUCUAUCACAAAUAUACAGGAUUAUUUUUGUGCAAUUAUCAUAUUUGGAAAUGCAUUUAUAUGGCAUACAAAUCUUGAUGUUUAAUGAUGUGCAUACUGUAACACAUGUUCAUCCUGAAGUGUCUGAUAGCUUUAAAGUAUGUGUUUUUCACUUGAUUAUGAAGGUUUUAGGUUUAAAGGUUUUUUGACAAUCCCCAACUAGAUGUAUUUUUUUUCUUUCAAAAACCCACUGAUGAUCUAAAGAUCUUGAAUUUAAGAAUAGUGUGAAUCAAAGACUGGAUUCAUAUUGUAUUCAUAACCAAUAAACACACAACACAGCCAAGAUACGCAGCCUAGAGCAAGAUUCAUGAACAUUCCAUAAGCAUAUUCCCUUUAGUGUAAAAGAGUUUGAGGCAUAAUCUAUUAUAAAAGAAAGCUGGCCUUUAGGUUGUGGCUUCAGGUUUUGACAGCAUCAGAUGCAUUUUUGGGAUUAAAGGAGAAUGUAAAUCCCAAUAUCUUCUUAUGUCCUCCGUAUGGCAGUAGGUGAAAAUAAUCCUCCAUUACAGAGAUGCAGGCCAUUUCGCCCCAUUAAUCUGCUCUUCACAAAAGAAUGCAUAGAAAGGUGGAAGAGGAGAUCAAAGCGAGAGGUCAGCCUAAAGAUACACCAGCUUUGGUUCGGCCCAGAGUCUGAAGGGGUUUGCUUAAGAACACAAAAGCACAUGAAAGUCGCUGGCAGGCAGCCAGAUAGAGCACCUGACCUGGCACACCCGUGAUGACGCUGGGAGAAAAAAAUAGUACUCUCUCACUCCCUUUUCCAUCUUUCUUCCUUUUAAUCCCUGCGAACAUUAGAUCCCUGUUAACAAAAUUACAGCCAUUUUAAUGAGGCCACGAUUCAAGCAGGCCUGUCUAUCAUACAUAAAACAGCCUGUCAUUACGGCUUUUGUUUAAGAUUUUAAUGCUAAAAGUACAAUAGCAGGGUUUUUUAUAGUGAUGGCAGCCCUAACACUGGCUUCCAAGCUUUUUUUCCUCGCAAACAAUGCAAAAAAUAAAAGCCAACCCACAUUACCACACUUACCCUUUCUAUAAAUAAUGAUGUUUGUCAAUUUGUCUUAUAUAUUGGCAGUAAGAAAUCCACAUUUCAUUUUUUUCUUUCAGAACCCUUUAUUUUAUUCUACCUGUGAGUCUAGCUUAUAGGCUCAUGUGUUUCAGCCUGACAUAAGGCUUUUAACACAGACUACCCAAUAAUAAUGUCUUCAAAGUAUUUGAUUUUCCUGUAGGAAUGCCAGCUUUGAGUGGUUUUAUUUAUUAGCAGUAAUUUUUUCCCCCACCUACUAAAACUGACAGGUUCGCAGAAAUACAAUCUGGUCUCAAUGUGCUUUUAUAUCAGCCAUGCCUGCCUCGUGCGAUUUCUAUGUAGCACUAAAUAUUUCUAAUUAGAUAAUGGGUCGAUUGCAUUUUAUUAAGCCUGCCGUAAGCAUUCUUUCUCUGGACCCUUUUCCUUUUGCUGUCCAUCAAAGGAUAUUAAUGAGCAAAAGCACUUAGGUCCUCCUGGCCGUAUACAAACCCCACAGUGCCAAGAGCCUGCCUCAGCACAAAAACACACUGCGUAUGCACAGACUAAUAUGUGGUUUUAGAAAAAAAAGAAGUUAUUGUAAUGUUAUUUAAGGUUGUCAUGCUUCCAUCAUCGUAUAAUAGAAGUUGUUUUGUUGGAGAUUAAAAUUUCAUUUGAAACCAAUUUGACAAAGCAGCAUUAAUAGUUUGGAAAACAUUAAUAUUCAUCUUAAAUAUAUUUUGAUCCUGGUGUAGUGUAUUAUAUUUGUGUUUCGCUUCAUAUUCAUGGUCUCAAGAUUUCUGGUACAUUUGUGGCUGUGUGCUCCCUGCAUCCUCUCUCUUUGUGUAUAUUGGGUCUUGACUGGGAUUGUCUCUUUAAUGUGCCAUUUCUGCCCUGCACUUCAGCCUGUUUCAAAAAGAUUUGAGGAAUAUUUUAGCCUGUUGAAUUUUAUGGUCUUGGAAAAUGUUGUGCGGAAUGUAAUAAUAAAGUGAUAUUUUUCUACAAA